AUGAAUUCAUUGCUUUCUAGGAGCGAGAUUGAAGAGCUGAUUGCCCAGGGUCGGUCCAUCGUUAUAUAUAGGAACCUGGUGCUCAAUGUAGACAAGUGGAUAAAGUAUCAUCCUGGUGGCGACAAGGCAAUUUUUCAUAUGAUUGGUAGAGAUGCUACUGCUGAGAUGGAUGCCUACCAUAGCAAUCUGACUAUAGCUACUUUUAAGAAAUGGCGGAUUGGAGUAAUUGAUUACCCGUGGGAAAAUAUGGUUCCACCUAUUCAAGGAGGAGUAUACCGAUUGGCAGAAAAAAUGGACCAGCUAAGUGAAACCAGUGACGAUACAGUGGUUGAUAUCGAACCUGAUGAGAACUUUGAAUUAAAACCCCGGAGGGAGGAUUCAAAUGCUGGUGGUGUUUCAGUUGACUUGAAUGAAGCUUUUGCUAAGCAGAUCAUUUUCGAUCCAGUUAUGGCGUGUGAUAAAUACCAUCAAGAUAGAGUACGCAAAGAUAUGCUGCAGUACCCCAGUGUGGACCAGAAGACACAGGGGUGGGUCACUAAGGAGUAUUAUAAAACACACCAGCAAAUAAUUGAUGCUGGUCUGUACAAAUGUGAUUAUUUCUCCUACGUGAAAGAAUUGGCCAGAAUAGGCCUUUUGCUUUUCCUGUCGUUUCACUUAUUGUACAAAUGGGAUCAUAAGGUAUUGUCUGCGUUACUGCUCGCUUGUGUGUGGCAGCAAGCGGUAUUUAUCGCUCAUGAUGCUGGACAUGUAUCGAUCACUCACAAUUACCAACUUGAUAAUAUAUUCGGUAUGAUAAUUGCCUCCGCCCUUGGCGGUUUAUCACUGGGCUGGUGGAAACGCAACCACAACGUACACCAUCUGGUUACGAACGAUCCAAACCAUGACCCUGAUAUUCAGCAUUUACCAUUCUUCGCUGUCAGCACGCUUCUUUUCAAAAAUGUCUAUUCAACUUACUACGAUAGAGUAUUGAAGUUCGAUUCGCUCGCUGAAAAACUAAUACCAUUUCAGCAUUAUUUUUAUUACCCCCUUCUGGCAUUUGGUAGGUUCAAUUUGUACGUUUUGAGUUGGAAACAUGUGCUGCUAGGUCAAGGUCCUCGUCACGGUACUGCAGCUUGGUUCCGCUACUUUGAAUUAUGCGGCUUGAUCUUUUUCAAUUACUGGUUUACCUACCUGAUCAUCUGUUGCAAGCUACAGACGUUCUCUGAUAGGCUUAUCUAUAUACUAGUCUCUCACUUCACCACCAUGAUUGUGCACGUUCAGAUAACACUAUCCCACUUCGCAAUGUCAACCUCUGACUUGGGUAUUGGCGAAUCUUUCCCCCAAAAACAGCUGAGAACUUCCAUGGACAUUGACUGCCCUCGUUGGAUAGAUUUCUUCCACGGCGGACUGCAGUUUCAAGUCGUGCAUCAUUUGUUUCCCAGGUUGCCAAGACACAAUCUGAGAGCUGCACAGCCAUACGUCGUCAAGUUUUGCGAAAGGGUUGGGAUAAAAUACUCUAUAUAUGGUUUUUCAAAGAGUAAUAGGGUGGUUUUGUCACACUUACAACAGAUUGCCCAACAAGCCAAAACGAUGGUCGACUGCGUCAAAACUAUUUAG